GAAGGAAAACAAGAACAAAAAGUCCCCAAAUUCGUAGCCGAGCCAAUCCCAAUCCCAAUUCCAAAUCCAAACCCUUUUUCAUUUUCUCUCUUUCUCCUCAAGCUCGCUCACUUCCAACCCCCAUCGCUAGCGGCUCUGCUCAAAGCCCCCUUUUUGCUUUCAACUCUCUCUCUCUCUCUCUCUCGGCUUUGAUCCGGCUCAGAUCCAUCUUGCGCCGCUUCCCCUUUCCCUCCAUCGCUUCCGAAGUGUUUGAUCAGACCCAUUUUCAGGUUUUCGACGAACCCAAAUCGUCCAAUUUGUUACUGAAUCUUCCUCGCUCAUUUACUUGCUAUUUGGACUCCUUCAAGUGGUGGGGUUGGGUUGUUGUUUGAGUUGGGAAAUGGGGUUCUGUAUCUUUCGCCGUCUUCUGAGAGGACCCUUUAUUGAGGUUGCGUUUUUGACAAUUGGGUCCUCGUUGGAAUAAGGGGCGGAAGUGUUUAUGUUUCAGCUCUCCGUUCCAUGUAUUUCGGGACAGGGACUGUUAGUGGGAAAGCAGAAAACCAAAUGGACUGGAGUGUGAAUAAUGCAUUUAAAACAUUUAAAGAUUUGGAAUCCAAGUCCAUGAUGGAUAUGUCACUGAUACCAAACAUUGACCCAAUUGAUAUCGCUUUGGGUUCUUCUGACAAGGGGAAUCCUAAUCCUUCAGCAAAGCCAAGAAAAAAGACCAUGACAUCAGUUUAUCUCAAAUUUUUUGAGACUGCUGCUGAUGGGAAAAGCAGAAGAUGCAAGUUUUGUGGACAGAGCUAUUCCAUUGCAACAGCUACUGGAAACUUAGGCAGACACCUAAGUAAUCGGCAUCCAGGUUAUGAUAAGUCUGGUGAUAUUGUCAGUAAUCCAGCACCGCAGCCUAUCACCAUAAUCAAGAAAUCUCAACCUCAGGGGAAACCCCAACAGAUUGAUUAUGAUCAUUUAAAUUGGUUAAUAAUUAAGUGGCUCAUAUUAUCUUCUCUCCCUCCUUCGACCUUGGAAGAAAAAUGGCUGGCCAACUCCUAUAAGUUUCUCAAUCCAUCUAUUCAACUAUGGCCUGCUGAAAAGUAUAAAGCAGUUUUUCGGGAAGUUUUCAGAAGCAUGCAGGAAGAUGUAAGAGCCUCUUUGGAAAAUGUUUCAUCCAAGAUCUCAGUCACUCUUGAUUUCUGGAAUUCCUACGAUCAAAUUUCUUUUAUGAGUGUUACAUGCCAGUGGAUCGAUGAAAGCUGGUCCUUCCAGAAGGUGCUUCUCGAUAUCUCUCACAUACCUUAUCCCUGUGGAGGUCUUGAGAUCUUUCACUCUAUUGUGAAAGUUCUUAAGAUGUAUAACAUAGAAAGUAGAAUACUUUCAUGUACCCAUGAUAACAGCCAAGAUGCUGUGCAUGCCUGUCAUGCUUUGAAAGAGCAUUUGGAUGGUCAGAAAGUUGGGCCUUUCUGUUAUAUUCCUUGUGCUGCGCGUACGCUAAACCUGAUCAUAGAUGAUGGAUUAAGGCCUACAAAAUCAAUAAUUGCAAAAGUUCGGGAGUUUGUACUAGAAUUAAAUGCCUGCUUGGAUAUCUCUGAGGAAUUUGUUCAAUUUACUACAGUUUAUCAAGAAGGUAACUGGAAAUUUCCACUUGAUGCUUCAGUAAGGUGGAGUGGAAAUUAUCAGAUGCUCGAUAUAGUACACAAGGCAGGGAAAUCCAUGGAAGCUGUUACCAGGAAGUAUGAGGAAACACUUGGCAGUAAGAUGCUUUUGAACUCUGCCGAGAAGAACGUAGUUAAUAUUGUGCAUCAAUUUUUAGAACCUUUUUAUAAAACCACGAACAACAUAUGCACAAAUAAGGUUGCAACUGUUGGUUUAGUUCUGUUCUUCAUGGAUCACAUUUCAGAGACUAUUGCUGCCUGUCGAGAUUCUCGGCACAACCCUGACUGGCUAAAGGGUGCUGCAGAAGACAUGGCCAAGAAAGCAAAGAAUUAUAGUCAUCAGGUUUGCAACAUUUUCACAUACAUGACUGCAAUUCUUGAUCCUCGAAUCAAAGGAGAGUUGAUUCCAGAGAGUCUUAACUCAGGGAAUCACUUGGAAGAAGCCAGAUCUUAUUUCAUGAGAUAUUAUUCUUCCAACCAUUUUCCAUCGGUGACCAGUGGCUAUAGUGCUCAGGAGAUUGAGGAUGGAGGAAGUGUCUCUUUCGCUGAGGAAAUUGCUAGAAAGAAGCGAAGGGCAAGCAUGAGCAAUGCAACGGAUGAGCUAACGCAAUAUUUGUCGGAGCCUCCAGCUCCAAUACCAACAGAUGUUCUAGAGUGGUGGAAGGUUAACAGCACACGCUAUCCACGACUCUCUGUUAUGGCUCGAGACUUCUUGGCUGUGCAGGCAACUUCGCUGGCUCCUGAAGAACUGUUUUGUGGCAGAGGUGAUGACAUAGAUAAACAAAGAUAUUGCAUGCCUCAUGAUAGCACACCAGCUCUCCUUUGUAUCAAAUCAUGGAUUCAAAGUGGUUUCAAGUUGAAAUACAAGUCUAGUGAGAUUGACUAUGAGAGGUUAAUGGAACUAGCUGCCACAUCAACUGUUGAUAGUAGUACUUCUGGUUCUGACAAGAAGACAAAAUGAUUACACAACCAUGUCGGAGCUUGGAGGUCAGUUCAAACUUAGAACCCUUGAAAGACUGAUUUCUUAAGAAUCAAAUUUAUUAAAUCCUGGCUUCUUGUACCUUUGGGCCAAGUGUAGAAUUAAUACAUCUUGUUGUAUUGUAUGCUUCUUUUUCCACAUAUAUUUGAUGAAUUUCAUAUAAUGUACAGCAUAUGUUUAUGGCAAUGCUAAAUGCUAACCUAGUAGACAGAUUAGUGUCUUAUGACGAUAAUAGUAAAAGUUAUUUAAUAUUCAUGAUA